GAAGAGACGCCCCGCCACCUACCUACCUACCCUACCUAUACCUGUCUACUGGUCCACCAUCAAUCACCUCACUCCUCCUCCCCCCACAACAAUAACGACAGUCAAUGAUUCUAAAAAAGCGGUUCGCAGCGCUGCUGGCGGCUCUGCUCUUCUCGACGCUGUUCCUCGUCCAGCAAUGGCAGCAGCUGCGCGGGGUGUUCUGGGCGCAGCAGCAGCUCUGGGGCCCCGAAUGGCCGGCCAACGCCACGCUCGGCUUCGGCGCCGUCCUCGCCGUCUCCGGGCCCGAUAGCCCGCGUCGCUCCGCCCUGCUGCAGGCUGCUAAUGUCACGGGGCUCGAGCUCACGGUUCCGGACCAGCCGCGUUGGACCGAGGAGCAUGUUGACGCGUUUAAUAAGGCCCUGGAGCCUACGGAGCAGGGCACCGGGCGUGGUUCUGUCUUUUCUUGGUUGUCGCAUGCUAAUGCUGUACAGUGGUUCCUAGACUCAGGGCUCGAGACAGCGCUGAUAAUCGAAGACGACGUAGACUGGGACAUCCACCUGCGCAGCGUACAGAUCCCGGCCGCGGCAGCAUCGACGCGCGACCUCCUCGCCAGCUCGUAUGCCAGCGACAGCAGCAGCAGUAGCCGCGGCGGGAACAGAGGCUACUAUUGGGGCAACCCCGCCGCGUGGGACGUCCUCUGGGUAGGCCACUGCGGCGACUGGUUCCAGGAAAUCCAGGACGGCAUCGGCCGCCCGGGCUUCCAUGCCCCGAGCAACUUGACCACGGUCGGUGCGCGCUUGUUCAAUGACUCGUCGUUGCCGACGCGCGCCGAUCUGCAUCCGUUUACGAGGGACUUUUUUGAUGCGCUGCAGGUGCCUGAGGGCAUGCGGUUUGUGCAUAACUCGAUCCUGCCGCUCUGCACCUUCGGCUACGCCAUCAACCGACCCUCAGCACAGCGCCUCCUCUCCGAGAUCGCCAACUCCUCCGCCCCCCUCGACCCCGCCUUCGACAUGGCCAUGAUGCACGGCUGCAAGUACAAGGGCCUGCGCUGCUACACGGUCAACCCGGAGCUGUUCCACCACGUGCUGGGCGACAGCCUGAUCGCGGCCGUGGACCAGCGCGAAGAGAUCUUCCCGCCGCCGGUCGACGCUGCGGGUUUCGACCAGACGCGCGAACGAAACGAGACGAGUAAUGUCGCUUGCGGCUUCUGGAGCGGGGACUUUGCUUUUGAUUCGGCUGAGCGGUUGGAGGUGCUGAGGGAGGAGGUGGGCAGGAAGGGACGGUGUUUGAAGCCGGGGAGGGAGGGUAUGCCUCCUGCUGUUGGUGAGGGGGGCAUCCCUAGUGGUGGUGGGGAAGGUAUCCCUAGUGGUGAUGGGGUGGAGGAGGGUGGGAAUUAAUGCGUUUUUAAGGGCGUUGUGGCGGUCUGUAUUACCCGCUUUGUGAAGCGUAUUCAUUCAUGUGGCUGCUGUUAAUGUUUGUCCGCUAGCAGCGCGUAGACGUCUUUUGUUCAGCUUUCCUUUCCCUCCUGUCCAUAAUACCACGAACUGUACCCAGUGCCGGACACUGCCUGCAUAGCAAACGUACACAGUAGCAUGUGGGCACGAGUGCAUCAGAAAUAGCAUUCGUAUAGCUCCACAGCAGCGGGACAAGGCGAAGAAGAAAGACCCAAUAAGCAGGUACCUACCAAAAAGACCCGACACCACCACGCCCAGACCAAAAAUAAGAGUCAACCACCAAGCGCCGUCUCCCGAGCAAACCCACACUCCCAAUCCAGUAUCAAGCUCGCAGGCAAAGUGCCAAACUAACUGGCUGAGGUCCUGUGA